AGCGCUGGCUGGCAGCGGGGUUGGGGCCGGGGAGGCGGCGGAGGAGGCGUCCCCUCGAGGCGGCGGAGAGAGGAAGGAGGAGGAGGAGGAGGAGGAGGGGGCGGCCAGCCACUCCCCUCCCCCAGGCCGGGAGGGCCGAGGGCGAAGGCAGCCCCCGGCCCGGGGCGCGGCUGGAGCCAGAGUUGGACAGCUUCAAGGAUAUUUCAGAAUGACUCGUCCCAGCUAAGGAGACCCAGAACCUGACAAUUUGCCUAGUGUAGACCAUCUCUUUCCCACCCACCCAGCCAUGAAGAUGUGAUCACUCAUAACAGGGUUUGUUCAUGAAGCCCAUACCAGCAUGCAGGGAGCAGCCGCAGCCAUGCCUUCCCCAUCCUGAGUCAGCCUUCCUCAUCUGUACUGACCUGCAUGGUGUGGGUGCCCUUGGGACAGCCGAGGACAAAUCGCCUGACCAUACUCCGUACGUCUAACAACAACUGCACAAAAAUGUCGGUGGCGUGGCUACUGGAUUGGAGCUGGUCACUGGAUGGACUCAGGGACUGUAUCGCGACCGGCAUCCAAUCUGUUCGGGACUGUGACACCACGGCAGUCACGACCGUGGCUUGCCUGCUGGUCUUGUUUGUAUGGUACUGUUACCAUGUAGGCCGGGAACAGCCUCGGCCCUAUGUCACUGUGAAUUCCCUCAUACAGAGCGCAGAUGUCAAUGGGCUACAGAAUGGUUAUGUGUACUGCCACUCACCCGAGUGUGUACGUUGUACCCACAACGACGGACUUAACCAGAAACUCUAUCACAACUUGCAAGAGUAUGCCAAACGGUACUCCUGGUCUGGCAUGGGCAGGAUCCACAAGGGAAUCCGUGAGCAAGGGCGCUACUUGAAUAGCCGGCCGUCCAUCCAGAAGCCAGAAGUCUUCUUCCUGCCAGACUUACCCACCACUCCUUACUUCUCCCGAGACGCACAGAAGCAUGACGUGGAGCUGUUGGAACGCAACUUCCAGACCAUCCUGUGUGAGUUUGAGACUCUCUACAAAGCUUUCUCCAACUGCAGCCUUCCGCAGGGAUGGAAAAUGAACAGUACCCCCAGUGGGGAGUGGUUCACUUUUUAUUUGGUGAACCAGGGGGUGUGUGUUCCCAGGAACUGCAGAAAAUGCCCACGGACGUACCGUUUGCUUGGAAGCCUUCGCACCUGCAUUGGUAAUAAUGUCUUUGGGAAUGCGUGCAUCUCAGUACUGAGUCCUGGCACGGUUAUCACAGAGCACUAUGGACCUACCAAUAUCCGCAUCCGAUGCCACUUAGGUCUGAAGACUCCCAGUGGCUGUGAGCUGGUGGUGGGAGGAGAGCCCCAGUGCUGGGCAGAGGGCCGGUGCCUCCUGUUUGAUGACUCUUUUCUGCAUACAGCAUUCCAUGAAGGUUCAGCAGAAGAAGGGCCAAGAGUGGUUUUCAUGGUCGAUUUGUGGCACCCGAAUGUGGCGGCAGCUGAACGCCAGGCCCUUGAUUUUAUCUUUGCUCCAGGACGAUGAGUCGGUCUCUAUGCAGGAGUGGGUCAGAGGGACGGAGGCCUGGCCUGGGAAGGGCUCCAGUGCAGUGUGCCCCUUGCUGAGGCGGCACUGCCACGGACACAGACCCGCCUCAGUAGGACACUUUCCUUUGGGAUCAGUACCAUGUUGGAUUUCUCUCUUCUUUGGUUAUUGUAAAUGGAAGUUUCCAGCUUGUAUUUUCUUGGGUUUGUUUUUCCCCCCAAUCAUCUGCUUCAGGGGUUUCUUUUAGACACAGCCAUGCAUCAUUUUCACUCCGUGGCUCUAGGUGCAGUCCUCUUGUUGUGUUAUGUUGCUCCUGUGUUUAACAGUGUUAAGAUUCAGAGUAACCACAAGGUUAUUUGUUGAAUGUCAUCAUGUGAAAUUUCUUGUGGCCAUCUUAAAAACAAAAACAAAACAAAACAAAACAAAAAGACGAGAAACAAAAGCAGAGGGCGGCCAGGCUCAGCUCAGCAGCCGCUGCUGUUCUAAUCAUGACCACAGUGGACCCUUUGCCUGUCCAGGGGCCAGAGGGACACAGCCUCCAGCCCCAGCCCCAUUCUGACUUCAUUCCCAGGGUUCAGAGGCUGCUGAGAACAGGGCAUGGGCAGCUCUCAGGGCCUUGGCAAAGGACACUCCUGUGCAUCACUCCUAAGCUACUGUUUGGCUGGUGAUGGCAAAGGGCAUUUAGAUUGGCAGACCUGGAGACUUUUUAAACAUCACUUUCCUACAGAGCUAAAGCUGGUCCCCUUGGGCCCAGAGGGUGUGAUUCUCUUACCUCACUGCCUACAGAAGCCCCACUGCCAAACUGGGCACCAAGUAUUACCAGGGUGAGUUCUUUUCAACCAGCUCGGAAUAAAGGGAGAUAACAGGUUAGUCAAAAGGCCCCAUGAGGAAAAGGAAUCACUUGGUCACUGAAAUUCUAGGGAAGCCCUUCAACACAAAACUGGAGUCUGACAUUUGACCAAAGUCUCUGUUCUGCUUUGGGGUUUUGUUGCCUAUGAUCCUCAUUCCUUGUCUGUAGCAUCAAUGUUUGCUCUCUGGGUGCCGUGUCACCUCUGUGAACAGCCCAAGCCCAGGCUGGGCUGUUCAGAGUGGUCACUGCCAGAUGAUUUUGACGUGGUGUAGACCAACCCCCCCCAAAGCACUGCUGGCUCCUUCACAGAAGCUCCAGCCUUCGCUGAAGGAUGUUCAGUCCUGCAUCUGGACCAAAGGGUUGGAUGCUGGUCUGGCAGGAUAGGAUUAUUCAAUGGGUAGCUCAAUGGUGAGGAAGCAGUCUCCUGUUGGCUUGUCGAGGGAAGCCUUGCUCACCAGCUGCACUAAAUGCCUUUAUUAAAGAGCAUGUCCUGGUCAGGGUGGAAAGGGAAGGAGCUAAGGUCCGGUACAGAAUAAGCAAGGCACAUUAUCUGCUAGAACAAGCAUGACAGGCCAGAUACCAAUGGGAACAUUCUGAGCGGAUAGCGGCCGGGAAAAA